GUUCACGGGUUUGUUGACGUUCAAAAACGCUGCCACCGAGAACAUAUUCUAUGGCUUGUCCUCACUUUCACCCUACAUAAUCAUUUUGGUCUGUCUGCAAGGCUAUACGCAUUUGUCUCCCGCUCUGCUUCUGGCUUUGGUUACGAUGCAGCCCACCGACCUCAACGGGCCUUUCAGUCGCAUUUUGACCCCGUUGCUGCAGUUUCUGAAGUUUUGCCCUCGAAAGUGUUCCGAAUAUGCGCAGUUGUCUAGGAACCGGCUCAGAGAGAUUCUGACCAAAGCCGCAAUGCCAACUCAAACUGAAGAACUUUUUCUCACGUAUAAAUCUUGCUUCAUACCUUCAGUACCAGGGGAUGCUACGGCGUGUAAUACAAGUGCAACGCAGUCGGAACAAAGUACCGCAGAUCCUAGGAUUAGUAGUGAUGACCUUGCCUUCAGAGGAUCUUCGCCUAACCCUUCACAAUUCAUGGGAGGGUUUCUGGUGGGGGGCCUGCCAUGUUUCCUUUUCAUGCGAUUUCUACAUGGCUGGUAUGCGGAUAUGGAGACUGACAUUAUUCUCCCGCAGCCUUUACGGCGUAUUCACAAUGCAGAUGUACAUCUACGCGCUGCACUCAUCUAACGGUAUCAUCCACUGGCUGGUGGUACAUGCUAUUCAGACCGGUGCCAUUACAACGUGCGCUGUAUAGAGUCAAGACGUAUCUAAAUGCUCAUGGCAUUGCAGAAGAAUUUCACUCUCCAUCUUGCUAACUGUGAGACCCUGUAUGCUGGGUUAAUAGCAGUAAGAAGCAAGCAUUACGCCAAUUCGUUACUCGGACUCUUAAACACCAGGUCGUUACGGCGGGAAAGAAUGCAAGCAAAGGAGUCCUCGGGUCUAGCCGGAAGAACUACUUUAUCCUGAGUGUAUUCUGUCAUAGCAGCACGCAAACGGCGUCUUGCGAUCGACUUCUCAAUGAGAUUAGGGGGAUCGUCGCUCAUCCUCACAGCUUAUUUCCCUUCGAAUAGUUUCAAGCAACAAUCGGCUU